AUGAAUAUGAUUCAGAAUAGAUUCUUGGUUUUACAUUUAUUAUUCUACGUGCUAUGUUAUUGGCAAUUGACCCUAAGUCAGAUAUCCAAUAACACUUGUCAACGGGGUGAUUACAACAUUGGAUUUGGUCUAUCGAGUUCUGUACAUUCGGCACACAAUCCAUCAACAAACUGUUUUCUAUCCCAAUGCUCGAAUCAAUCCGAUUCCUGUCGUCCAUCCCCAACACUUUGCUAUAUCUAUCGUUCGGCAGAUAAUCAAACGUAUUGUGCACCUGGUAGUUUAUGCGAAAUUCUCGAAGUUUGUAAUACUUCAUCAUAUCGAUGUUCAUCAAAUACAUCCGUUUGUAUUCUCAACUCGUGUUGCUCACCAAAAGCGAUCUGUUUACCAUUAAUAUGGACCACACUAUGUCCGAAAAUAAUACCAUGUCAAUUACAAUUUACUCCAAUUCUAACGUAUGCUGCUGGUAAUAGUCCGCAGUACGCAGUCAAAGGCGAUUUUAAUAGUGAUAGCCAAGUAGAUCUUGUUAUUACCAAUAAAGAUGAUGAUACAAUUCGUUUGUAUCGUAACAAUGGCAACGGAACGUUUACUAUUCAAAGAACAAUUCCAACUGAAUCUAAUCCAGAAAGAAUCGCUGUUGGUGAUUUUAAUAAUGAUAAUCAUUUAGAUCUCAUUAUUACAAAUCUUGGAAAUAAUAGCAUAAGUUUAUUAUUGGGUGAUGGAAAUGGCAAUUUCGCGUUGCUAACAACAUUCGUCGUCGGUUAUCUUCUUAGUGACAUUGCUGUGGGUGAUUUCAAUCAAGAUGGCCUAUCCGAUAUUGCCGUCGUUAUUCAAGGCAAUAACGCAAUUGGUGUCUAUCUUGCAAAUGGUACUACAAAUUCCUCUUCGCUACGAAUACUGCCCACUGAUGCUGUACCACAUGCCAUCGGCUUAGGCGAUUUUAAUCAUGAUAAUCUAAUCGACAUUGUUGUUACCAAUAUAGGUAGCAAUACAAUAAGCAUUUUUCUUGGGCAAGGUGAUGGUAAUUUUACGAAUCAAACAACAGUAUCUGUUGGAAUGAUUCCAGUUUCCAUUGCUGUAGCUGAUUUUACUCAGGACAAUCGACUUGACCUUGCCGUUGUCAAUUUUGGUAGUAAGACGAUUAGCAUCCUCUCUGGUGAUGGUACCGGCAAUUUUACUAUGACCACGAAUUUAUUGAUGAGUGCAUCACCAUGGUCAAUUAUUGCGAGUGAUCUUGACAGUGAUAAUCGAACAGAUCUUGCAGUUACAAAUACCGACAGUGCUUACAUAAGUGUGUUUCUGAAUUUAGGAUCGGGAAGUUUUUCAGCCGAAAAGAUAAUCUCCACGGAGUCAUCUUUCCCAUAUGGACUAAUUGCGGGCGAUUUUAACAAUGAUGCCCGUACAGAUCUUGUCGUUACGAACAACAUCAAUGCAACUAUUAGUGUUCUUUUUAACAGUUGUCAAUCUUGA